AUGGAUUGGAAAUGUAAAUGCACAUGUCAUGUGAUGAAAACGACGACUGUGGUGCCAUUCUUUAUGUGGAGAACUAAUGGUACUACAAGGAAAUUGCCAAAGACCUUUAGCCCACAACUUUACCACGUUGUUGGUACGCUGUCUCCUGCUACAUAUUCUGGUGAAGAUACCGAAGAUUUUACUGAAGUUGCCAAUGUGACAGAAGAUAGAUGUGCACGUUUUAAUGUUACUGAUGCUGGUAAUACAACUGUCGCUGAAGGGAAUUCAACUAUUGGUGGAGGAGAUGCUGGUAAUGGGACUACAGAAGCAGUAACGGAGGGUCAAGCAGAAGAAAUAACAACAGUUGCGGAAGCAUAA